GCCAGCCUCUUGUUCAGAUCUUACAGGUGUAUUCUUCAAUUUUUGCUAUUUUUUAAUGUCUGUUGAUGAUACAAACAGCUAACACUCCUCGUACACAAUCCAGGCAGCAGAAGCACUUCUUUGCCCAAAAUACUCCAAGUUUUGCUGUGAGACUUGGCUCCAAUUACAUCAACAACAUCACCAUCACUUGUCACUGUGUUUGGUUAUUAUUAUUGGUUAUUCUCUUGUUCAGAUUUCUCACAGCUGUAGUCUUCACUUAUAGCUAUGGUUUCAUUUCAGAUUUGCAAUUAAGCAAAUUUAGCUUUAUUAUUCAUUUGUAGUUUAUAACAUUAUCUCUCAGAAUUUCUGUCGUUUUGUUGAUGGAGUUUUUGGAAUUGUAUAAAUCAAUUAUGGAACUUUUUCUUUCCUACAGGAUAAUUUAGAAUUCAGGACUCAUAUCUCAGACUUUGGGUCUCUAGUACUGCUGCAAUGGCUUUUGCUUCUUCUUCUUCUUCUUCUUCUUCUCAAGGGAGCUAUGAUGUGUUCUUGAGCUUUAGAGGAGAAGACACCCGCAAUAACUUCACUGCCCAUCUCUGUCAAGAGUUGCGCACUAAAGGAAUCAACACUUUCAGAGAUGAUGACAAGCUUGAGAGAGGCCGGGUCAUAUCUCCUGCCCUUGUUACAGCUAUUGAGAACUCCAUGUUUUCCAUCAUUGUUUUAUCAGAAAAUUAUGCAUCUUCUAAAUGGUGUCUGGAGGAGCUUGCAAAGAUACUAGAGUGCAUGAAAACCAGGGGACAGAGGGUUCUCCCAAUUUUCUAUAAUGUGGAUCCCUCAGAUGUGAGAAAUCAUAGGGGAAAAUUUGGAGCAGCCUUAGCUGAACAUGAGAAGAAUUUGACAGAGAAUAUGGAGAGGGUGCAGAUUUGGAAGGAUGCUCUCACUCAAGUUGCAAAUUUAUCUGGUUGGGAAUCAAGGAAUAAGGAAGUGAAAAAAUUGAAGGCAUAUUCCUCAACUUGUUUCAUUUACAAGAGACAAUAGACUUUACCACACAAGCCUUUGCAGGAAUGAGUAAACUUAGAUUGCUCAAAGUCUAUCAAUCUGACAAAAUUUCAAGAAACUCUGAAGAUACCUUUAAG